UUUAGUGAUUUUGUUCCCUCUUUCUUCUCUCUCCUUUUUCCUCUGUGUUUUCCGUCUUCUUCUAGAUUCUUCUUUUUAUUUUAUAUGUGAUUACCGUACGAUCAGAAGAAUCUAGUUUAUUCAGAAAAUCGGAGGUUUUGUUCGAUCGUGAACUGGGGAUUGUUCUUUUCGGAGGUUUUAAGGUUUUGAAUUGAUUGCAGGAGCUGUCUUAAUAAAGGUUUUGUAUCCAUUGGUAUUGGAAAUGGACAUAUUGGGAGAGGUUUAUGAUCUCAGUGACAUAAAGCAAGCUCUGCUUCAUGCUUGUUUGAAUGAAUGUGAUAAUAAAUCUGAUGUGGAAGAGUUAGUUGAACAGGGACAUCAAAGCAAACCUCGUGAAAAGUUUUUAGGCAAGUGUGCUUCAUUUCCUUCUGCUGUAUCUCCUUCUGGAGAUGAUGAUGAAAUUGAAACUGCAUUGAGGCGAAUGUUCUCAGAGGAUUCUGUGCAGUCACCUUACUCCCACGCAAUUUCUUUGCCUACUCCCAUGAAGCUAGUGUCUGCCCUUAAAGUUGGCCGUGAGAAAAGGGGAUUAGCACGGAUGAACCUGACAGUGACAUGGGCCCCUGAUGUGUAUGAUCCUCCGCCAACGUCAGUAUCGCACACAGUUAGGGGCAAAAAGCAGCAGAAGUCGAAGAAGAACAAUGACAAGAAGAAAAUUGGAAAGAGAGGGCAGAAGGGAAACAACUCCUCACGUGGUAGUGGUGGUGGUGGUAAAGACAACAAACAGUUUCGCAGAGGCUGUGGGAGUUCUGAUCGGUGUUAUAAACCAUUGCAGGUUCAGGGUAGAGUAGUCAACGCCGCUGGUGACCUUGAUGGUUUCAAUGUUGGCAGUCCAGCCCCAUAUUGUGGGAGUAGUUUUCUGAAAAAUUCACCCACUCGGGUGCACUACUCUGUGGCUUAGGCUCCAUGAGUAAAUCUCUCUCCUUUCUCAUCAUGGAGAAAGGACCUUGCUUUUUGUAGAUAAAUAAGCUCUUUUUUAUUAUGGAUAUUUGAUUUAGUGCAAUUAUCAAGUGGUCUCUCAGGCUAGGCUCAUUGGGCGCAGGUUUCUGGAUCCACUUUCUUAGUCAGUUGAAGAAGAGAGUUCACCAAGACGAAGAAAGACUUUGUUGUUUUGAUAAUGGUGUGGGAACCUGAACUGUCUUUUGCUUUGUAAAUAGAAUAUUAUUAUUAGUGCUUGAUGACAAGACUGGCGAAUGAAAUGGAGUUUUAUGCUUAUUAUUUAUCA